AGAAGAAAAAAAAAGGCAAAAACAAACAAACAAAAACAAAAAGAUACAAGUAACAACAACAAAAAAGAACCCCAGAGGACACAUCAUCCUGUUUCCCCAAAAGCAGCUUUGCAGCACUCUAUAAUAAGCUGACUUGUGGGUGAGGGCUUUGUGGUUGUCUCCUGAGGGAGGGACCUGCUGCCCUAUUUCUCAGGUGGAAUUGCCCUAGUGGAGAUGCACCUGCAGGGGGGCAGUGGGGCAGGGCUUGGUAUAGCGGCUCUCCUCUCCACUGGGCACUGUUUAGCUCACUGGGGUGGAUCAAGCUGCUGUGUGUGGAUAGAAAAUGGUUUUUCCCUGUUCUCUCAUCUCUGGAGUGGGAAAUGCAUGCCACCACUCUUUAGUGAGCCCUCACAGACAGGAAAAAAUGACCCCUCCUCUUCCCUGGUUUUCCUCAGCUACCCAUCUUCACCCUGUCUACGUCUUAGUUGUCCACCUGCCAAAUGGUGCAGCACUCCUGUGUUUUAUCUCAGACACAGCUGUGUUUCAAAACCCCAGACUUCGGGGGCCCCUGAGGAACAGACCCACGCUGAUCCUCUGGAGGAGGGUUUCCCUGCAUUGUGGCUGGUGCUGGCUUGUCGCAGAAGGCAAUGGCUCCAACACUGCGCUUCAGAGUUUAUGAGUCAUCCUUGGGCUGCGGAAGAAGAAUACUGGACUAUUUCCGCUGGAUUCAUGAUCUCCCUACAGAAAUUCGGUGCUUCUAAUCUUGUUCUUAUAUUACUCUAUAUUCCUUUUCUAGUCUUCUUUCCCAAAUUUCUUCUCUUGAGUGGGAGAGAAGAAUGGAUGUUAGACAAGAAGGGAGUCAGAAUGAGAAGAACGUACUAUCUUACAAGCAGAGGUACAGAGGCCGAACAAAAGGAGGAGAUAAGCACGGGGAGAGGGAAGCCACAUCUUUGAGAGAUACUGACCGUGGUGCUGCAACACCAAUCUGCAGUAAGUCAAAUGGAGCAAAGACGUUGAGACCCAUGAAGAAUCUCACUUGUUUCUUAAAAGGAAAACGGGAAACAAGAGCUCCUUGGAGAGGCAUCAUAGCCAGGAGGACAGGAACAAUGACCAAUGCUGCUCCUUUUAUCUGCUUGUCAGUUUCACUCAGGCUUAAUGAUGACUGCAUAACUAAUUUUGACUUCAAGAAAACUCUAUGCAUUCCUGAAGUUGGGUAAGGGAAACACCCACAAAUAUUCUUCAAAAGUGAAAUAAUAGAAACAAAGAAGAAAGGAAAAAUGGAAAGGAAAGAAAGAGGAACAAGCCAAUCAUUCGUUAGAAUAUCUGUCUUCUACUAUUAAAAUACUGGUAAGUCAAGAAAAUAAUUUUAUUGUCCUUAGAAAUUUGAAAACAGAGGAAAGUCCGUGUCAUGUUAUGAAUCAGGAAUGAGAAUACUUUAUUGUGCAUUAUCAAUUUUCAGGAAAAAAAUCUGGAGCAUACCAAACACAAAUUAGCUAGUUUUGUUUACUUUUGGAGGGAGUAAUGCUCACAUUUAAUUUAUUCAUCUUAAAAAUCAGUCAUUGAGACAUUAACCAAUUAUGAAAUAAAAAAAUAAAAACUUA